UACGUCAGUCCAUCUGAAGUAGAGGAUACUAUUCGACGAGCCAUUUGCACCCAACUGGAAAACGCUCCACUUCGUCUAAUCGACACCUCUACUGGUCGUUUGUGCGAUCGAGAUGCGCAGAUUAACGCAUUCACGAAGAGUACAGAGUACAAAGAGCUUUUGCAUUCAUCGGACAUGCAUGCGCCCCUCCAAACGGAGCCCAUCAAAGAAGCGGUCGCCAAGUACUUCAGUUAGGUCAUGUUAUCUCAUAGGUGGGAAACCAUGGAGCCACUACUGCACGACAUUCAGCGCAGGGACGUAUCUCUAUCUGAACACGACAUGCAGAUAUCGGUCUCUACGCUGCGAAACAAUAUUGUAGCUGUAGAGUCGGCUUCGAAACUGUAUACCACUCUUGAGAACCUCGGCGUUCCUCGUUUUGUCAACGCCAGACUGCAAUUGCCAUGCAUCACAUUUCCUCUCACAGGAGUCAGGCGGAGGCCUGGUGGAGACGGGGACAAAUGUUUCCCAUAUGAAGUCAAGGCAGAUGGGGCUGACCUGCUGGUCACAACGGAAGACAAUGGAGCGGUGUAUCCGCGACUGUGUGCCUGCGUGUCGCGAGCAAGGCAAGAAGUGGUGAAGAGCACUACGCUACGACAAAGCCCGAAGGACACUGAAUGGCUCGCUCAACUACGGUGCUACUCGGCUGCCACUCGGCUCCUACCCCCGGGGUCCCCUACUCCAACAAGCUUGUUCAAUUCAAUUCUCGCCUGCAAGGCGUACUCGGCAGACAUUCUUGCUCAUCCGUCCAUGGAAUCGGUAUGAUCUCGAGUUGGUCGACUUUACAGACAAGUCGCAGGGCACGGACGAUUGGCCCGAUGAGCCUGGUGAUGAUGAGCUGGUUACCAGAGGGUUGAGGUUACUCAUUCGACUUGGUCGUCCUUUUGGCGCAUUUUUGCUAGUGCAGCAGCAUGGUGGG